AAAAGGCACUUCGAAUCCUCCUUUUAUCUCCUCAUCCAAAUUCACACCCACCAAAGUAAACAGUAUGAGCAAAAGAGGAAUUAUAACAAUGGCUUCAAGAACCACAAAACCUUUAGCCUUUUUCUUGAUUCUCAACUUCCUCUUCUUCACAACAAUCUCCGCCUGCGGUAACUGCGGUUGCCCUUCUCCCAAGCCAAAACCUAGCCCUAGCCCCUCUCCUAAGCCAAAACCUACCCCAAAACCGAACCCAACCCCAAAACCUAGCCCUAGCCCGACCACAGCCAAAUGCCCUAAAGACGCUCUUAAGCUAGGAGUUUGCGCCAACGUGCUCAACGGCCUACUCAAUAUCACCCUGGGCAAGCCACCGGUCGAGCCAUGUUGCACCCUCAUCCAAGGACUCGCUGAUCUUGAGGCUGCAGCUUGCCUUUGCACCGCACUCAAGGCUAAUAUCCUCGGGAUCAACCUGAACAUUCCGAUCUCUCUCAGUCUGCUUCUCAAUGUUUGCAGCAAAAAAGUUCCCCCUGGUUUCCAAUGCUAAUCAAGAACCUAAUUAUACAUCACACACUUCAUGUAUCAAUAUAUACCAAACAAGAUGAUUUCUAAAUAAACUAUUCUAUAUGAUUGUCGUUGUUUGUCUUGUCUUUGUGUGUUCAUCUAGUUACUAAUGUAUGUGUGUUUGAUUGUACGAUUAUAAACUUUCACAGUUAUAUGUACGUGUUGUCCUCUUACAUAUAUAGUUUCAUUGGAAGUGUGUGUAUUUGGUGUAUAAAUCAAUAAAAUAACAGUUUAUAUGAUCUGA